UCUGCCCCACAAAAGCUCAUCACCAUCUUGUUAGUCUUUAAAGUGCUGCAUAGCCCUGUCUUUUCUUCCAGAGGAGUGUGGCAGUGUUGUUCCAAUGGCAAUGGACUGUGAGGAUGGUGAAGUCAAUGGACGUUCUGUUUAAAAUGAGUCCUCUACACUUGCCUUCCUAGACAGAUCCCAGGGACAAAAGAUUGUUCAUCCUAUGAGUAGCCACGUGUUUGUGUGUGGGUUCCACUGCAGCCUGUUUGCUACUCCUACCCAGACCUUCCCUGCAGUUCUGCCCCUCCCCACCAGCCGAAUGGGAUUUUCCUGAAGGCUCUGCGUUCACUUGUAGGUAGAUGUGGGGUAGGUAUCCAUAGCUAUAGAGACAGAGAUUAAUAAAAGAUUCAGAUCCUUACACACAAACUACAACGAAUGGUUUUUCCUCCACAUGUGCCACAUCCUACCAGGCGUGUGUGUGUGAGAGAGGGUGCCAACAAUAACACUGCAUGUGAAUGGUCCCUCAGUGUCGGAGGAGGCUCUGAAAGGGAGCACUCUGCACCGUUCUGUUUCUCUGCGUGCCUCCACUGUAAAUGAAAACGGGAUAUUGUGCUUGCCAGGAAUGGAACUUCUCCAGAUGCUUGACAUGUAUCCAUGCAUAGCGCGAACUCCCUGGGCAGAGGGCGAGUUCAGGCUUUGCAGCGAAAGCUCUCUUGCCUUCAGGAAUUUCUCAGUUAGAUCAGUCCCUGCUCAGUGAGGGACUAUCAGGGAAUCCUGCCUAGGACUCGUAGGCAGAGUGCUGGCUUUCUAAGUCGGUGGUACGCAAUCUUUUUUCAGUCAUAACCACCAUAUUUUAUUGCACUCGUGUCGAGACCCCCAAGGUAAUUUGAGCAGUGCGGCAUGGCACUUAGAUCCCGGAGGCCGGGGCUUAUGCCCACCACUAUGGCAACCCCCCAGGAAGACGUCCGCAACCCCCUUGGAGGUCACGACCCACGGGUUGCGCACCACUAUUCUACGUGAUUCUGGCACGGAGCUUGAUCUGCCUUUGCCUUCAUCCUCUUGCGUGACUUGUGAUCUUUCACGCAACACCAUCUCCAGCUUCCUCUUUCUCAGAUCUUGCAUGUGAGCUGUGACCUGCCCCGGCUACGACCUCCCUGCGAAUAAGAACUAAAGGCGUCUCGUGCUGUGGAAUCAUGUUGAUGAAAGCCCAGUUUUCAUGGCAGCCUCCAUGGACGGUCCCCAAUGAAAACUUUCCUGGGCUCCUACAAAGAGCCACUAAUGAGUGGGACCUUGGCGUAAGUCAUGUGUCUGAUUUAUUUGGGUGCCAGAGCCCUGAGCCUGCUCAGCUGCUGUCUGCAAUUCUCGUUCUCAUUCCCUAGCGUGGGCCACAUGCAGUUCCCCUGGAUUAGCCCCUGGGAGGCUGCUGGCACUCGAUCUGCACUGCCCCCAGGAGCGCCGCUUGAAGCUCCUAUUGGCUGUAGAUCGCCGUUCCUGGCCAAUGGGAGCCACGGGAACCGGCGCAGCCCAAACACACCACUCCCCGCAGCGCCUGUUGGCUGGGAACGGCAAUCUGCGGCCAGCGGGAGCCUGUGCAGGUAACUAAAGUGCCGGCAAGCCCCGGCCAGCUUAUUGCCCACCCCUGCCCUAGCGGCAGGACCAAAGUGGGGAGGAAACUCCGACUUCUCUCUGCUCUGUGCUGCAUUCCUCAGCGGGGUGCAUGGCACAUAUGCACCUCUCCCAGGAGCACGGGAUGCAAUGAGCUAACCGGGGUGAGGGAAGAUUGGGUGGUUUCCUCACUCCAAAUGAAUAACACGUCCAAGGUAACAAUAGUCUGAGCAGCAUCAGGCUUCCCUGCCAUGGCUCCUGGCAGGGGUGGCCGAAUAGCGGCAGUCAGAGUGCUGUGCCCUUGGGCAUGGCCACCUCUCGCCUCCGACCUGGGCUGAGAUCCGCCAGCUCCCUUCCCGCAGGCCCCUCACUGCCAGCGCAUGGCAGCCUGCUCUGCCGGCUGGUCCACACACCGGAGUGGCAUUGGUUUAAUUCCAGUGUCGCUCACAUGAGGCCAUGCCCCCUAGAAAUGGUUCUGUUGGUUUGACGUAUACAGGCGAAGUGACCCACGCAACCCAACUUGACACACGGUUUCCAUUUUGCUAGGGAGAGUCUGCGCCGGUGUCACACGUCUGUUUGAAAAUGGCCCCUUAGCUGAAGCGGGGUGUAGGCCAGGCCUGUGCGGGCGCACCUGUACUGCGAGAAGAAACCUGUCACUGACACGGGGCUUUGCAGGCCUGAAUGCUGCAGUGUGGGUGUUACGGCGACAGCCUGCGCUCUUGUCCCUCGCUGGGUCUCGGAGCCUGCAGCCCAAGUCAUUUGAUCCAGGCUGGCAGUGUAGAUGUCCCCUGUUAAUGCGGAAGUUCGCCGGAGAGGGGCUGCGCUUGGGAUACGGCGCCUAUGUCCAAACCGUCGGGGCUCGAGUGUGUUUUGAUUCUGAGAUCUAGAACUUGACGAGCGAUGGGGAAUGCUGUUUGCCUCGUAGUGAGAACCUGCCUAGUCACAAGGGCGAAGGGCCCAAACCGGAGCGAUUGGGUUGGCGGGGGAAGGGACCCUGGACAUCAAGGCGUCCCUGUGCAGAUGAUGUGCAACUUACACUUCGUAUACGUUUGGUGGGGAGAUUUUUCAUCAGCUGUUGAGUGUGGCUAACUUGAUCGUCGCUCUUGCCCCAAGGUGUCUUUGGGGAGGGGGAGGGUGGAGAUGGGGCUAGCAGAGGGAAGGGUGGGCACGGGGAAGCAAGGAGGCAGUUUGCUAACCCUCCCAAAGGCACUCGCUGGACUGUGCAGAGGAAUUUGUGGUAGAGUGUGGCUCAGUGCCUGUGUGGAGCAAUAGAACAAUAUUGAAAUGCCUGAUUUCUGGCAGCACACUGGGGCCAGUUACAACACAGAGGAGUAAAAAGAAACAUGCAGCAAUUGCAACGUUGUAAUUUCAUGCAGGGAGACUGGAACCAGCAUGAUCCCAAAGGCACAUGGGAGGCUGCUGCCCCAGUAAGUUACCAGCAGAGACGGUGGCGUUCAGUACCAUUGCAUCCAACCUGUCUUGCAGCGCCUGUCGUAUGGCGCUACUCUCCUAAUAACCUCAUUGCAGCUGCCAGCUGGUGGGUGGGGAGAGAUCAGGCCUAAUGCUCAGACAGACCUUGUGGGUCAAUGGACUGGAUUCCCAGCCCUGCUGCUCCGUGCCUCAGUUUCACGUUCUGUUAAAUGGGGACUCCCUUGUGAAGUGUUGUGAGAGCCUUGGGAGAAAUGUGCUCUACAACCCAGAGUAGGACUGGCUCUUGUACGCCUUCCUGUUCUCCCUGGCUCAGCUGGGGCUGUGCCUGCCUGGCAAUGUAAAGUAGCUAGCUGUAGCUCUGGUGGAAUUCUUCCAUCCUGGCUGCUGGUUCAGGCCUUGGCUCCAGCAGCCCUGUUCUGGAAGGACCCAUCGGCAUGAUGUGUCCAACUUCUGCCCUGCAGCUUUGCACAGGGUUCUGCAGAAGCAGGGAUUUCUGGGGCCUGCUCCGGUGCCCGAUUUGGGCAGACGUACAGACCGACCAAGAUGGUGAUAGGCAGAAGAGUGCUGGUGUGCUUCCCCUUCAUUCACUCGUCAUGUUAAUCAUUUUUUCCAGCUGAUGAAGGUCCAUGACCGCUCCUGAGCUGCUAAUAGCGGUAGCUCCCUCUACCCCGAAUUACAGUGGGACUAGGCAUCUCCAUAGCAUUCCUAGUACCUGCAGGCCUGUGUGUGGAGGGCUGGGGCCAGUAUCUUGGGCUCCGGUGCAGUGUGUUACCUCAUGGGUCCAGACCGCAGGCCAGCCCGAUGUCUGCUGGGCUUCAGAUGGGGACUGAACUAGCAGUCUUUGUGGAUUUGACCACAGUUUCUGAAUGAACGACAUGCAAAUGGACCGUUUAUACGGGAAGCUGGUAAAAGUCAGGAUCUGGCAAGAGAAGCAUCUUUCUGAGGAGCAAGCUAGCAGGAACAGCCUGGGAGGGGCCCAUCUCCGGACAGACGCGGAUGAUGCCAGAGCUAUGACAGGGGCUGCAGUCUCGGCACUGAGGGGUGAUCAGUUAUGGAACAGCCACCGAAGGAAAUACCUGCCAUCAAGGAGGAGGAGGAAAAGGAAGAGGCAGUGAUAGAAGCAGGUGAAUCCUCAGACCCAAGCGGAGGACCAGACCGUUUGCCUCCUUCUGGCAGCUAUACAGACCUCUCCCAGAGCUCUUCUCCAUCCCUGUCGGACCAGCUCCAGAUGGGCGGCGAGGAGACGUCCUCGGCAAGUCUGAAUGUGGAAUGCAGGGUCUGCGGGGACAUAGCAUCGGGAUUUCAUUACGGCGUGCACGCGUGUGAGGGCUGCAAGGGCUUCUUCCGACGGACGAUCCGCAUGAAGCUGGAGUACGAGAAGUGUGACCGGAACUGCAAAAUCCAGAGGAAGAACCGGAACAAGUGCCAGUACUGCCGCUUCCAGAAAUGCCUCUCGCUUGGCAUGUCGCACAAUGCAAUUCGUUUUGGCCGCAUGCCAGAAGCGGAGAAGAGGAAGCUUGUGGCAGGCCUGACAGCGAGUGAGGACAGCUGUCACAACCCACAAGUGGCCGACCUGAAAGCCUUCUCCAAGCACAUCCACGACGCCUACCUGAAAACCUUCAACAUGACCAAAAAGAAGGCAAGAGGCAUCCUCACUGGGAAGACGGGGAGCACCCCGCCGUUUGUGAUCCACGACAUGGACACCCUGUGGCAGGCGGAAAAGGGGCUGGUGUGGAAGCAGCUUGUGAAUGGGAUCCCCCCCUACAAGGAGAUCGGGGUCCACGUCUUCUACCGCUGCCAGUGCACCACGGUGGAGACGGUGCGGGAGCUCACCGAGUUCGCCAAGACCAUUCCCAGCUUCCUCAGCCUCUACCUGAACGACCAGGUGACCCUGCUGAAGUACGGCGUCCACGAAGCCAUCUUCGCCAUGCUGGCCUCCAUCAUGAACAAGGACGGCCUCCUGGUGGCCAACGGGAACGGGUUCGUGACGCGCGAGUUCCUGCGCAGCUUGCGCAAGCCCUUCAACGAGAUCAUGGAGCCCAAGUUCGAGUUCGCUGUCAAGUUCAACGCCCUGGAGCUGGACGACAGCGACCUCUCUCUCUUCGUGGCUGCCAUUAUCCUGUGCGGAGACCGCCCUGGCCUGAUGGACGUGAAGCAGGUGGAGGAGAUACAGGACAACGUCCUCCAGGCCCUGGAUUUCCACCUGCAGUCCAACCACCCGGACGCUCAGUACCUCUUCCCCAAGCUGCUCCAGAAGAUGGCUGACCUGCGGCAGCUGGUGACCGAGCACGCGCAGCUGGUGCAGAAGAUUAAAAAGACCGAGACAGAGACCUCAUUGCACCCCCUCCUGCAGGAAAUCUACAAGGACAUGUACUGAGGAGCGUUUCAUUCCUGCGGGUUAAAGCCAUGGAUCCUGAGCAUAACACUUCGUGUGGCGACCGAGAAGCCCCUCCCCGCCACGUCUUCCUUUUCUCCUACUUGGAGCUGUUUUCUGUAUAGUCUGGGCAUAUGGUACAUAGGCCUGCCCGCCCCAAGGCUUCGCGGCUACUGCCUGCCAAGCCAGAGCUGCCGCUAACUCGCACUUAGGCGCCUCAGAGGCAAAACAGCAGCAAGGCUUCUCUUGCUGCAGCCCAGCUGUCGUGUCUCUCACGCGACGUGUGGUGAGAUGCAUUGCAGAGAAGGUGGGACAAUGGGCCCAGCAGAGUAACAAGAGUCUGGUCUGCUGGACUGAGGCCAGACAGUACCUUGCUUAUCUGGCAGGCCCAACAACUGCACUUAGACCGCGUAUCCGUGGAGCAUUUGUUAGGUGUUGCACUUGGACGGCUCCAGGCCUGAGCUGCGAAGCUAGACCAUUGGAACAAAAGGAAGUGUGUGUCUGUAUGGAUCUCCCAAGGAAAAGCCAGACUGUGUGAUGAAGGAUACUGAUGCUGCUUCGGGGGAGAGACGACUGGCUAGUCCCUGGAUGCCCAUGAUGGGCCAUGGCUCCCUCCGGGGCUGUGCAUUCUCCUCGGCCGUGCAAAUCACUCCCAUGGAAUCCUGCCCGACUCCUGCUGGGGCUGAGCUGGUCCUUCUCGGCCCCUUGACUUCACAGGGGAGGGCUGCUUUUCCUGGCUCUCCUAUAUUAGCCUAAAAAUGGAGUGGGGGCUGGGCGGUGGAGGUCGGCUCAUUGAAGACAAAGGUAGCUCUUAGAGCUGUUGUUUUGGCAUCUGUUGCUCCCAGUCUUGGAUGCAGGGUGCCCGGCAAGACUUGCGGGGUCAGAGGGACUCCAGGUCCUGCUGGAGCAGGAGGAUGAAGGGCAGGCCGUGCUGUGGA